AUGAGUCAUUCGGAUAUUGAAAAAUUUGCUGGUUCCAGUAAUGACGAUUAUAGAAAUGUUGCAUCUUCAUCUGGUAUCAGUGAAAAAUCGGUGGAAUACGUCAGUGCUGAUACCGAAUCUAAAGAUGAACUUUUGGGUGAUGUUCAAAAUUAUGAAGUUAAAAGAGAAUUACAAGCUCGUCAUAUUUCAAUGAUUGCUCUUGGUGGUACCAUUGGUACCGGGUUAUUCAUUUCGUCUGGUAAAGCCUUAAGUGCUGGUCCGGUUUUAGCUUUAAUUUCUUAUCUUUUCAUUACUUCAUUAGCUUAUUUUGUUACUCAAUCAUUAGGUGAAAUGGCUACUUUAAUUCCAGUUAGUGGUUCUUUCACUCAAUUCAUUACUAGAUGGUGUUCUCCUGCUUUAGGUGCUGCCAAUGGUUGGAAUUAUUGGUUCUCCUGGGCAAUCACUUUUGCAUUAGAAUUAUCAGUCAUUGGUCAAGUUAUUCAAGUUUGGACUCAUGCUGUUCCUUUAGCUGCUUGGAUUUCAAUUUUUUUCGUUCUCUUAACCGCUUCAAAUAUGUUCCCGGUUAAGUUUUAUGGGGAAUUUGAAUUUUGGAUUGCUUCUUUGAAAGUUAUUGCCGUUGUUGGUUGGUUAAUUUAUGCAUUCAUCAUGGUUGUUGGUGGCUCUAAAGAAGGUCCAAUUGGUUUCAGAUAUUGGAGAAACCCAGGUGCUUGGGGUGAUGGUGCUGGUUUGGUUUCAAAUCAAAAUACCGAUAGAUUAUUGGCCUGGGUUAGAUCCUUGAUUAGUGCUUGUUUUACUUUCCAAGGGGUUGAAUUAACUGGUUUAUCCUGUGGUGAACUGAAAAAUCCUCGUAAAACCGUUCCAAGUGCUAUUCGUAAAGUUAUUUACAGAAUUAUCAUUUUUUACGUUUUAUCAAUGUUUUUUAUGGGUUUAUUAGUUCCUUUUAAUGAUAAAGCUUUAGACAGUACAGAUAAUUAUUCCUCUGCUUCCCCUUUCAUCAUUGCAAUGAAUAACUGUGGUACUAAAGUUUUACCAGAUAUCUUCAAUGCCGUCAUUUUGAUUGCCAUCAUUAGUGCUGGUAAUUCAAAUAUUUACUGUGGUUCUCGUGUUUUAUUCGGUUUAGCUCAAGCUGGUGUUGCUCCAAGGUUUUUCAGUAAAACUACUAAGCACGGUGUUCCUUAUUUCGCCGUCUUAUUUACUGCAGCUUUUGGUGCUUUAGGUUAUUUGGCCGUUACUAACUCUGGUAUGACUGCUUUCGACUGGUUAUUAAACAUUACCGCCGUUGCUGGUUUAAUCGCCUGGGUUAAUAUUACUUACUGUCACAUCAGAUUCAUGUCGAUCUUGAGAAGAAGAAACAUUUCUAGAGACACUUUACCUUUCAAAGCUUGGGGUAUGCCCUUUGGUGCCUACUAUGCUACUAUUUUAGGUGGUAUUUUAUGUUUUGUUCAAGGUUUCGAAGCUUUCUUCAGUAUCAAUGCAUCUAAAUUCUUCACUGCUUAUAUUUCACUUAUUUUCUUCGCUUUCUGUUGGGUAGCAGCUCAUUUCUACUUCAACGGAUUCGGUAAAGAAGCUUUCACUUGGAGAGCUUUCUUAAACCCAAUUGAUGAAUGUGAUAUCGACACUGGUGUUAGAGAGAUUGAUGAUGCUAUUUGGGAUGAUGAUGAACCCCCAAAGAACCUCUGGCAAAAAUUCUGGAACGUUCUUUCUUAA